AUGGACGAGUACAUGUUCAAGUUCUUUGUGGACGAGUGUCGCGUGGUAGAGGAGAAGACGAGCUAUGUGGAGAUUUUCAACUACUCUGAUCCGUUAUACAAUUCGGUGGAGGAGCAUCCGCUGCCCAUGUCGGAGUUUGAGAACUUUCUGAACCGAAGGGGCGCCUUUGAACCGCCGCAGAAAAUGCGCGAGGGCACAAAGCUCUUGAGCGGCAUUCGACUUCUCAUCCAAAAAGAUGCUCAGCACAAGGACACAUUCAUGCCAAGAGUCAUCUCCCUGCCAAAGGACAAGUACAUGUCCAUGGCCAGGACGCUCAAGUUGCCCUUUCGCGCCAUAGAAUCGUCGUCUGUGGUUGGGCCCUUCUUCUGGUGCGCCUAUGACCAGGACGACGAUGAUCCCCAUCUCCAAAUCGUGCACCGCAAAUCCGAUGUGCGCAAAAAGGGCAAAACCCGCGGCUGGGAAAUGAUACUCUCCUACUCCUUCAAAACCGGCAUUACCACAGGUUUCAUCAAAGGCACACCCAGCUCCGACAUUGUCCAAGCUCUUAAACACCUACGCGGGUGCUGCAGCCAAGUUGGCCACCCGAUGCUUCUCUCCACCAUCAUUCUCUCACACGAUCUCUCGCCCGCCAACGACGAGAAGCAGCGCGAUGCGCGCGACUGGUUGCGCCGCCUGGAGAACGCAGUCAGCAUGCGCGACGAAGUCGAGGAGGGGGAACAGUAUUUCCAGGACGGGAUACUAUCUGUAGACGGGCUGAAUCGCGACUUGGUCGAGUGCCAUAGCCAUGUCAUGUGGAAACGACCCCAGGCUUACUUUAUGCUGGUCAGGGAGAUGGAGCUGUGCAUGGAGCGCUUCAAGGUGUCCUGGCUGGAUUGGAAGAAGGACUUCUUGACGGACGAAGAAAUUGCGCACAGGAAGACCAUCGAUCAGCUGCACAGGAGCAUUCUUGCACGGCUGGAGUUUUACAAGGUCAAGCUUAAGGGGCUGGAGAAUUAUAUUCACACUACGCUGGAGAGAUUGAAAGUACAGCGAGAGGCGCGAGAGGCCCGACUCAACCUGGAAAUCGCCGGAGAGCAGCGUCGCAUUGCACACGCAAGCAAGCGAGACAGCACCGCCAUGAAGACAAUCUCCCUCAUGGGAGCCCUCUUCCUACCUGGCACGUACCUCGCCUCGGUGUUUAGCAUGACCUUUUUCAACUUUCAAGCCGGUGCCGACCCCGUCAUUUCCAACUGGCUCUGGGUCUACUUCAUCAUCACUAUACCCCUAACUGCAAUCAUCGUCGGCUUCUGGCUCUGGUACGACCGCCGCAAGGAGCGCCGCUACGAAAAGGAUGACAAGGAGCUCGAGGGCGACAUUGAGCAGAUGGAGAUGAACAUUUUGACUUCCCUGCGCAAGAGGACCAUGAGCAAAACGCAUACCUGGAACAGUCGCAGCAAACAGAUCAGUGCUUAG